AUGUUCCGCGCAGUAUUAAUUCGUACUGCCGCCACGGCGUCCCGCGCCGCUGUCGCUCGACCUAUCGCCCGAAAAGCCGUCGUCCCCGCCAGAGCUAUUUUCGCACCAGCGCCCCGACUCGCUGCCUUUCAAACCGUACGAAUGUAUUCUGCCGGCAGUGGACUGAAGAAGGAGGAGGUUGAGGGUCGUAUUCUUGGCAUUCUACAAAAUUUCGACAAGGUUAACGACCCGAGCAACCUCAAGCCUACUGCGCACUUCGCAAACGACCUAGGUCUGGAUAGCCUAGAUACAGUGGAGGUUGUUAUGGCGAUAGAAGAGGAAUUCAGCAUUGAGAUUCCUGACAAGGACGCAGAUGGUAUUCACAGUGUGAACCAGGCUGUAGAGUACAUCUUGAGCCAGCCUGAUGCGAACUAA